UACUCUGUAACAAAUCUACGAUUGAUUCAAAAUUUUUUUAAAAAUUAUUACCUAUAUCAUUAGUUCAACCUAUUGAAAGAAAACUACGAUUUGAUUAAACCAGGAAUUCCUUUAAAAUGAACUCUUUUCGUAAUGGCUGGUUUAGUGAAAUAAAUGAUUUAUGGCCUGGCAUAGUUCAAUCACUAGAGGUUGACAGUAUUUUAUAUAAUGAGCAUUCAACGUUUCAACAUAUCAUGGUAUUACAAACAAAAAGUCAUGGCCGAGUUCUUAUACUUGAUGGCAUCAUUCAAUGUACUGAAAAGGAUGAGUUUUCUUAUCAAGAAAUGAUUUCUUUUCUACCGCUCUGUUCUCAUGGUAGCCCAAAAAGAGUACUUAUUAUCGGUGGAGGUGAUGGAGGAGUUGCUAGAGAAGUAGCCAAAUAUCCAACAGUUGAGAAAAUUGUCCAAGUUGAGAUUGAUGCAAAAGUAGUUGAAGUAUCAAAAAAAUUUCUGCCACAUAUGGCUAAGGGGUAUGAAAGCAAUCGACAUGAACUUAUUAUUGAAGACGGAUUUAAAUAUUUGAAAAAUCAAAAUGAUAAGUUUGAUGUAAUUAUAACAGACAGUAGCGAUCCCGUAGGACCUGCAAAAUUGCUCUUUGAAAAAGAAUAUUUUGAAUUAUUGAAAUGUUCCUUAAGGACGAAUGGAGUGAUAUGUUGUCAAGCUGGCACUAUAUGGACUAACAUGGAGCAAGUCGAAAAACAUUUCACAGCUUGUCAGUCAGUGUUUCCUAAGGUGAAUUAUGGUAUUUCAUCCGUUCCAACAUAUCCUACUGGACAAAUUGGGUUCCUUUUAGGUAGCAUUGACGAUUGUAUCGAUUUCAAGCAGCCACGGAAAAUUUUUUCAGAAAAUGAAUUAGAUAACUUGAAUUUAUCUUAUUAUAGUUCCAAAAUUCAUGAAUCUUGUUUUAUCUUGCCCCGAUUUGCUGAAAAAAAUUUGAAGCGUAAUGUUCAGAAACAUUUUUGAUCUAUCACAACAGUCAUUUUUGUUCUUACAACUAAAAGAUGACACUUUGAUUAAUUGCAAAAAAGAACAUUUGCAAUCAAAUUUAUGUAAAGUUGAUAAAGUUUGUUAAUAUGAAUAUGUUAAUAAAAAAAGUAAAAAGUA